AUGACGGCCGCCGCCCGAUUGACCUUCUUGAGCCCCCAGGUGUUACGUGGAAUACGCGUGACGCCUCGUUCUGCAGCCGGGUUUGCCAGGCAUAGGGGCACUUUUGCACGAAGGAGAGGGAAGGCAAUCGAGCCUCAACCUCUAAAAGCAGAUACCGAACUGAAACUUAAUGCCUCGCACCCUCUUAUCAGCGAUAUCGCUACACGCCCCGAGCCCGAGACAACAACGCAAGAGGACUCGCAGUCCACGCCCGAUAAAUCAGUCUCGACAAACGAGACACAGCAAGCCUCGGUAUCGACGAAUAGUAAACCCGAGGUUGAUAAGGAAAAGGAAAAUGAGACAUCUAAGGAAGAACAAGCCAGAAUGGCUCGAGAAGAAGCCAAGCAGAGCGGGCCCCUAGAGGCCGUCCUACAUAUGCAACCACCCGAGACGAAGACCAAGACGACGACAACAAGGCCUGGUCCGGCCAUGUGCCCGCCACCCUACGUGCACCAUUUCGACAGCUACUCGCUUGUAAAGCACUUGCAGGAAGGGGGUUAUUCGCAGGAGCAAGCUACAACGUCAAUGAAGGCCAUUCGAACAUUGCUUGCAGAGAAUUUGGAGAUUGCGCAAUCUACUCUGGUCAGCAAGAGCGAUGUUGAAAAUGAAACGUAUCUCUUUACGGCAGCCUGUUCAGAAUUAAGCACCGAGAUAAAAAACAACCGAAGACUCGAAGAAGAACAAUUACGACAACAGCGUACACACCUGCAGCACGAAGUCGAUAUUUUGGCACAGUCACUGAACCAGGAGCUUCACACGUUGAACGACAAUGUGCGAGGCUCGUUCAACGAUCGAAAGAUGGCUGUCAGAGAAGAGCAGAAAGUCGUCGAGAGUGCUGUCCAACAAAUCAAUUACAAAAUCAGCAUUGUUCUUAGUAGCGAUGCAAAGUCUGAGAUUGAGGCUGUGCGCUGGAUUCUCAUCCGUCGCUCUGUCCUGGGCAUACUCUUCAUGGCAGUCCUAACUCUGGGAACCCUAAGAUAUGCCACAUACGUGAGCCACGAACGACAGAGAGAAGUGGAUCGCAUUAAGAAAGAGGAGGAAGAAAAGAGACGGAACGGCGGAAAACAGGAUCGCACGAUAGAUGCUGAUGCAGCAGCGAUUCUGGCCGCCAACUAA